CCGGUCUAGCUUUUAUCAGUGUCUUUUCUCACCUAAAGUGUUAUCGCUGUUGUGUUCGACGGGUGUAGUCACACCUCUGUAUCGACCACUUCCUCCUUCACAGAAUUCAACAUUGUUUUGUUUCAGCGAAAAUAAUAAUAAUAGCUCUUUGUAAUCAUCACUGACAUAUAUAGUAAAAAAGAGAAGGCUGACUCUGUGAUUGGCUGGUUAUGUACCUACUCUGCUUUACAAUGAUUGGUCAGAUAUUUUGAAAGCUGAUAAUAUUUGAAAUAUAAGCAGACACUUAAAGGAACAUCAGUGUCAAUAUCUUCCAGACUUACAGCGCCAUACACAAAACAGAGGUCGACUUAUCAACGGAGGUAAGAAAAUAUUGUCAUCUUUCAAAGUAUUUUAAAUGACAACUUUUGUGGGUCAGUUUGGAGUUUAACUGAAAAAUAUGACUAUUUCUUAAAUGUCACAAAACUCCACAUGGGAACUGAUUUGCACAGACAUCUAAUUAUUCAAGAUGCUGCAUAUACAUCCUUACACUGAUGGCUGUGCUGUAUAAAGCAUGCUCUCUAACAAUCUUUGUCACCCUAGACAUGAUGAUUUUCCUGACUGCCACCAUGCUAACUCUUCUCCUGGCUCAUGACCUGAGUGGAAACUCAGCUCCACCUCAUUUCAAUAAUAAACCUUGUCAAAAAAAUAAAAACAACAAUGCAGCUAUAAUGUUUGAUUGGAAACACAUUCUCAGCAAGCCUUUUAAAAGAAGCUCGGAGUCUGCAUGGAAAAAGUAAGUUUACUGGUUAAGACAAUAUUUUCACUGUUAAGUUACACCUGUCUGAUUUUUUAUUGCACUGUCACUACCUAUAUAAAUUUAUUUCACAAGUUUAUGAGAGACGGUUAUUUUUCCUUGAUGCACAUUUUGCAUAUCAAACUUUGAUUGUGUGUAAAUCCUCCAAAAGCCAUAGAGUCAUGAAACUGAGUGGUGUUUAUCUCAUUGUACAGCUACCUAGAAAAGAAAAAUCUCUGCAACAGACCCCGGCAAACAUUCUUUGAGCAGACGGAUGAGGGACUCGUACGGCAGAUCUGUAAUGGUGCUGGCAUGCCCCUGGACAAAAGUUUCUAUGGUAACCUGUGCAUCAGCAAUACCAAUAUACGUCAGUAUGAAGUCAAAGUCAGCACAAACGGGAAGUGUGAAGUUCAAAGACUUAAGAGAUUAAAAAAACGUGUGGUGGUGGCUUGUGAUAAAGUAAAUAACCAGUGCCUCCCGGUACAUUUGGAGAAGUACAGGAACCAAAGUCCAAAUUCAAAAGCCAAACCCUGCAGUCCUCGUCCUUUGCUUCUGGCUUAGGUUUUGGAGGGAUAUUAAACAUUAGAUUCCUGGUUCGAGAUAUUUUAAAGCCACGAUAAUCCUGAUGUAGAAAAUCUGUUGUCAUGACAGCCUUAUAUUCAACCUUUCCAAAUUUCUACAAGUUUUCAUUUUGUAUCUGAGUGCAGUAAAGAUGCAGCAGUAGUCAGCUCACAGCUCAAAAGGUAUGUCUUUGUUUUGGUUGCAGUUUUUGGUUUAGUAUUGUUCUAGUGUUCAAGGGAAUGCUUUUUGGGUUUUUUUCCAGGAAGAGAAAAGGGCAGAGUUUUGGAGAUUCUGUUGAAUCUCCCAAACCUUUUUUUUUAAUCUAAGUUUUACACAAAAACUUUCUUUAUUGCACUCUUUCCUGAUGUAAUAACGCAAAAAAUAGUAUGUUUAUACUACCUGAAUGUAGAGGCAUGUUGUUUGGUCAUUUCAUGGUUGCUUUGAUGUUACAUUAAAGUUUCAUCAUGUCCCAAUUUCUGAAAAGAUGGUGCAUUUCAGUCUAUUUUAUGGGUGAAGUGUGACGUUUUUAUUGUCUUUUAUGUUAUUUGUCUGUCUGUUUGUUGCUCCUUUUAUCAGAUUUUGUAUUUAACCCUCUCUUGUUUUUUUUUUUCACCCUUUUGUUGAACCUUUUCAUUCUCACUUGGAUGCUUUUGAAGUCCACUGACUCCAUUCACAAACUCUCUUUGUUUGGCCCUUUUUCCUCCCUUGAUUAAAUAAUACCGAACGUC